AUGGCCAAACGAACAAACGAAAGCGAAGAGCUCGUUCCAGAACGGGCCAUCAAGAAGGCGAAAAAGGAAAAGGAAACGAAGCACAGACACAAGAAAGCGGCUGUGAGAGAUGUCGAUGAUGCAGCGGCCUCGCAGGAUGUGCCUGCAUUGGGUGAUGGAGUGAACGGGGAGGAGACUGUGGAAAAGGAGUUGUCUAAAGAGGAGCGCAAAGCGAUCAGGCGCGCGAAGAAGGAGGCAGCGAAGCAGAGUGGUGAUGUGGUCAAGGACUCUGGUUACUCGAGUCCGGCUACCAAGGAAGAGAAGAAGGCGCUGAAGCGGGCGCUGAAGGCAGAGAAGAAGGAGAAGAAGGCGAGGAGAGCAAAAACAGAUGGCGAGGCAGAUGCCAAUGGUACAACCACUUCACCGGAUGCCAACGGCGCAGUGGCACAACCUUCAGUCAAGCCCUCGCAAAGUGCAUACCUGGAACACGCAGAACUCUCCGCCUUACCGCAGACCGAAAUCGACAAGUUCGUCGCAGAUCUAGCACUGAGUAUCGAAGACCCUCUGAACCAGCCCUACCGCCCGAUCACCACCUUCAAGUACCUACCCGUCAAGGAUGAAGCCGACCGCGCCCCCUUCGCCAGCUUCUCCUCGCCCACACCCAUUCAGUCCGCAUGUUGGCCUUACCUCCUUGCCGGCAGAGAUGUGAUAGGAGUUGCAGAGACUGGAUCAGGCAAGACGCUGGCCUUUGGCUUGCCAUGCAUCCGGCACAUCGAGAGUCUGAGCAAGAAGCAGCGACAAGCCAUCAGCGCCUGUAUCGUCAGCCCAACUCGCGAGCUGGCGAUGCAGAUCUAUGAGCAGAUGACUGGGCUCGCGAAGCCGGCGAAUUUGAAGGUCACUUGCGUCUACGGUGGGGUGCAAAAGGACAUCCAGAGGGAGAUGCUCAGCGGCACGAAUAUCCUGGUCGCCACACCCGGCAGACUCAACGACUUUAUCCAAGAAGGCGCCAUCGACCUCUCCAAAUCCACCUACCUCGUCCUCGACGAAGCCGACCGCAUGCUCGACAAAGGCUUCGAAGACGACGUGCGCAAAAUCAUCUCCCAGACCUCCCCCACGGGUCGCCAAACCCUCAUGUUCACCGCCACCUGGCCGCAGUCCGUCCGCAACCUCGCGAGCACCUUCAUGACCACCCCGGUCAAAGUGACCAUCGGCGACAACGCCUCCGGCGAACUGCGCGCCAAUACCCGCAUCUCGCAGGAAGUCGAAGUCAUCGAGGAUUGGGAGAAGCAAGGCCGUCUCAUCGAGCUGCUGAAGCAGUACCAAUCCGGCAAGAACAAGAACGACCGCAUCCUCGUCUUCUGCCUGUACAAGAAAGAAGCCACGCGCAUCGAGGAGUUUAUUCGCAGAAGAGGCUUCCCCGUUGCUGGUAUACACGGCGAUUUGAACCAGCAGAAGCGGACAGAGAGCUUAGAUGCUUUCAAGCGCGGCAAAGUCCCCUGUCUCGUCGCCACCGACGUCGCGGCGCGCGGCCUCGACAUCCCCGCCGUCAAAGUGGUGAUUAACGUUACGUUCCCGUUGACGGUAGAAGACUACGUGCACCGCAUUGGCCGAACCGGCCGCGCCGGCCAAUCCGGCAAAGCAAUCACCCUCUUCACCACGAACGAAAAGGCGCUUUCCGGCGCGCUGAUCAACGUCCUCAAAGCGGCCAACCAGCCCGUGCCCGAGGAGCUGAUGAAGUUCGGCACGACGGUGAAGAAGAAGGCGCAUGAGGCGUAUGGGGCGUUUUACAAGGAUCUGGGUGCCGAGGGGGAGAUGAAGAAGGCUACCAAAAUCACGUUUGAUUGA